GUUUCGGGCUAGCAGGGCAACACUCACUGUGAACUCGUAAAUUGGACUCGCCCUCGUCACGGUCGCGAGCUCGCUAAGCCCAGCGUGUUCGUGAUACUCUGUCCGAGCAUCAAACGCAGACAUCAGCACAACGUCCUGUCGUAUGCGCUAUGACAUUCCAUGACACUGUUCGCAUAGGCCCCAACAGAGUUGCUUGCGGCUCGUCCGGGCUGGUUUGAAUGCUGGGCGCCGUGGGGCCCUUCAUUGAACAACAUAUGAUGCCAGGUCAGCGGAGUACAGUCCUUCGAACAAGUCACUUUGACUUCACUUGGAGCGCUGAGUUUCGAGCACGUCUACCAUGUUCAUCCUCGGCGGCUUUUGCAAAUCCUUCACUUCGAAAACAUGGCGCAACUCCGGAUUGUGACGAUCAAUGACUAUUCCGAUGGAAAUGCGAGACACCUGCCCAACACAAGCACGCAUCGAAAAGACGACCCACCAGAGAUAUAUCUGGAAAAGCUUGGUACUGAAUGGAUGAAAAGCCGUGGCGAAGCUCAACCUGGCUUCAGAUAUCGACUCGACCGCCUUCCAUAUGGCUACACUGUGUGGGAGAGACCUCGACCGGGCGACCCUAAGCGGGUGGAUAGAUGGUGCUUUGGACAUCCGUCCAAAAAGCCAUUUGACUCGCCCAAUAGGUUUCUGCCUCACUUUUUGACUCUGAUGGAGAAGGGCUCUACCGAAGACUGCCCUUGCAUACACUGUAAAAAGAAGGACAUGCAGUCUUGGAGUAGAACGCCAGUAGUCGCAGAUUCCAGCGCCGUUCCUGAUAGCACUUCACGUUUCGACAAAUACACGCUGUCUUCGAGUAUAUCUACGCGGCCAUCGACACAAGCAACGACACAUCCUUCGAGUCAUUCCAGCCAAGCUGAAGCUGAAACCGGGUCGAAGCCUAAGAUUGGUCUGUACAAGUCUAAAGGGCGACAAUGGGUCGAGGGCCGGACGGACGAAGAAGGAACGCCCGACCCAUACCGUAACAACAUCGACCGUCUGAAGGCUCUUCAAUCGCUGGACACUCUCAUCGAAGAACCUAUGAGUGCAGACUGGCGCGCCGAGCGUGCAUCCAACAUCGAGGCCUACUUGAGAGAACUUAAACAGAAGAGAUCGUGGAUAUCUCGCCGCUUGGAGAUCGUCUUGAUGGUGCGGUCGUUACAAGAAGACGAAAGCGUCAUCUUCAGCCCAAAGCACAAUCGGUUCAUGAUAACAAAAGAUGGGUCGACUUUUCACGAGGAACCCUUCUGGGAAGCUGGCAUCGUUACUCAGACGCCACUCACAGAUAUUGAGGACGAUUCUCAAGCUGUGACGAUCUCAGGCUUUCGAGUCGAGCCUCUCUCCAAUGCGAAUUCAAAGGAAGGCAAGGGCAUUUGGAAGCGCUAUGUUUAUCUGCGUCAUGAUCAGAUUAGGCCCUUCAGCUUGUGGAAGAACUUGUUGGCAGGCACUGACUCAGACCAAUGGGACGAGACGAUUGCAAAUGCUAUGCUCGUGAUGUCUACGCUGGCUUUGGUGAAAAGGUAUCGCUUCAAGGGAAAGUGGCCAGAGGCAAAGGUUUUCUGCCGAGCCAUGUAUCUAGGCUCUGAGCUCAUCUUGGAAGGUGACUUUGUUUACCUCAUUCCGGAAAAUAACUUCGACGAUGGUGUGACCGACAUCAUGCACAUAUCGUCCAUAACUUUGGACAUGUGGAACCUGGACAAGGCCAGUGACAACGACUACGACGAUGGUCACCCAUACAACUGCGCCGCAAGGAUCACGGGCAAGGUAUACACAAGAGACGCUCAGCGUGCGACCAAUCCAACGCCGGUCAAGUUUGACGACGCGACGACGGGCCUGAAUCGGGCCGGCCCUUGGUACGCUCGCACCCCAGCUGACAAGCUCACACGUGUUCCUUUCCAUCGAGUGAUGGGAAGAUACUAUGACCUUGAUGCAGUCGAUAAAUGGGUCCACGGCAAGGGUGCUCAAGGGCAACCACUGACGAGCCCUGGCAUCGGUUUGAGCGGCAUCAUUCAAGCGCGCAGGUACAGUUCAGACGAGUACCAGCGCAUUCAGGAUGGCAACACGUGGUUCUGGGCUGACACGCGCGUCGAGGCCCUCGACCUCGAAGAAGUGAACGGGCUGCUUGUGUCCAGUCGGGAUCCGGACCGCGACCCGAAAAAGUACCGGAAGCAGAUUCGCGUCAUCGACGGCACCGCGCGGCCCGAAGAGCGGCGUUUGCUGAAACAGGUGGGCAAGCGCGCGUCUGGCCGUGUCAUGAAUAGCAUGGUCGCCAGCGCUCUCGAUCUCGACGCGGAGCAAGGGUCUGCGGAUACGUCGCGCGUCAGGAAGCGAAGCAGGAGCGCUAUGAGCGGGAGCGAAUCUAGAGAAGACGAUGAGCAGGGGAGGCAGAAUGAGAUGGCAGAUCAGUCGGCGGAAGCAAUUGCUCUGAGUGAUGAAGAAAUUCCGAGCAGUAGCGACGACGACGAUGGUGACAGUGUCAUCGGCUCCGAGAGGCAGGCUCAGACUCCACGCCGCACAAUCCCCGUCGUCGUCAUCGAUUGAGUUUUCCAGAAUGACGUAGCAUUUUGGGUCAUGCUUCACCAAAGUCUGACUGCAAAGUGAAUGUUGUUCGCCGGACGGAGACUGUCUAAAAGUCCGCGUCUGCAGAAACACAAAGGACGGCCAUCACCAUCUUCAAAUCUAUGCUAGGCGUUAACCUUUACGAUCUUCUCUGGCGCGGUCACUGGAGAAAUCAUGACGGCAUUCUUUGUGGACUGUCCUGAGCUGUAGGGCAUUUACAUUGCAUUUUCUUGUAUGCCCAACUCAGUGCGUUUGCUUCUCCAAGUCUAAAUCAGGAAAAGUUCAAAGUCAUUGGGGACAGAGAGGCGAGGGAGGAGUGAAUUCAAUAAGUGCCAUGUCUCCGUACAGGAACUGAAACUUUUCGUAUGAGGGGUGUCUCAGCGCGCUGCGUGAAGGACUGGGCUGGAUAAACUGCCUAGCUUGCGUUUUCGCUGCCGCGCCAUAUGAGCAACGAGAAAGAUGCAGAAAAGCAGCCACAAGUGUGGACAUUGUGCUGGGGCUCGAACGCUGGUCGCCGAAGUAUAGAAAGAAUGAAGCAAAAAAAAAGUUUACGCUC